AUAUUUUUUUGGACAUCACACGAUAAUUUUAAGAAGUUCUAUAAAGAACAAUUUCGUAAUUAUAUAAUUCAUGUUAUCCUUGUAGUGAGUUCAGUUACUACUCCUACGAAAGCUUUUGUUGUAUUGGAUGAGAUUGUUAGUGGGACACAAUGAAAAUAUUUCAUGUUGGGAAGGAAAGGAGGUGUUGGGAAUACUAGUUGUGCUGCUUCUCUAGCAGUAAAAUUUGUAACCCAUUGCCACCCAUCUCUUGUUGUUUCAACUGAUCCCGCUCACUGUUUGAGUGAUUCUUUUGAUCAGGAUUUGACUGGAGGGGCCCUUGUUCCAGUUCAAGGAGUGGAUUCUCCAUUAUAUGCACUAGAGAUAAAACUUAAAAAACAGGGGAAGAUUUCCGCGCAACAAGCAAACUACAUAGUGACAGUGGCGUCGAAAAUUGUAUGGACAACAUGGGCCUUGGAAUGCUUGUUAACCAGGUGCUCACUGUUAAAUUCAGGUGCUAGUACAAUUGUAUUGCUCUUUGAAUGUGUGAUUGGACAUGAGGGAAAGUUGUACCACUCACCAAGCAGUUGAGUUGCUAUUGACAAAUAACGUGAGAUCUGCAUUUCAAAACAUGCCUCCUGCUAACCAGUAACACAUAAAAUCGAAGUUGCUACCUUCUCUAGAGGCAGCAUAUAGACAACUUCGAUCUGAGCUGGAACUAUCAUUAGUAUUUUUGUACAGAUAGACGAAGUUGCUAGAAGUCCAGAGUUGUAGGCACUGGUCAGUAGCUUGUAGCUUGGCUAGUAGUUAUGUAAAUCAUAUGAAAGAAGUCAUGGAUGCUUAUCAAAGGUUAAGAAAAUGAAUAAGAGGCAGAUGAUAGCAUUCAAGACCAUACUCUUAGUAUUGAUUGAUCAUGUCAGGCCUUCACAUGUUCUUGGAAAUUUUUAUUUUGAAUGUAUUGUCAGUUUAUGUAUAACUACUCUCUUGUAUGA